AUGAAUGAAGAUAAGAUAAGAUUUAGAUCAUUUAUAUUAGAUACUAAGAAUGCAUUAACCCAACUUGAAGGAUGUGGUUAUUUAGAUGAUUCUAUUCUGGAUUUUUUUUUAGGAUUUAUAAAAGAAUUUUGUAUAUCUCAUAAUAAUUAUACAUGGAAUAUAUUUAGUACACUUUUUAAUGUAUUAUUAAGUAAAUGUAGUAAAAAAGAAGAAUAUAUUAAUAUGAGACGUUGGAUAAAACGUUUAACAUUUCCUUUAUUAUUACAUGACUUUAUAUUAAUACCAAUACAUAGUAAUACUUGUCAUUGGUGGAUAUUAAUUAUAUGUUUUCCAAAAAAAGGUAUUAAAAUUAUAAAAGAUUCUAAUAAAGAUAAACAUAUAAAUAUACUAAAUGAAUAUAAUGAAAAUAAUGAAUGUAUUUUAAAAUCAUCAAUAGGUUGGAUUAUUUGUUUAGAUUCUCUUGGUUAUACAAAUGUAAAAAAAUCAGAAAAACAAGCAACAAUUAUAAAUAUUCUAAAAUUUUUAAAUAUUGAAUAUAAUUAUAAUAAUGAAUAUGAAAAUAUGAGAAGAGAUGGUUUUAUUUUCUCAGAAAAUAUAUCAAAUGAUUGGUAUAUUAUAUAUAAUCCAUAUAAUAUACCUAAUCAAUAUAAUGGAUAUGAUUGUGGUUUAAGAAUAUCUUUAAAAUUAAUAAUAAUUAAAAUAAGGGAUAAUCCUGAUUGGAUUUAUAAUAUGAAAAUUAAACAAGAAAUUUUAUCUAUAUUUGAUAAUGGAUUAGAAAUUAAAUAUAAUAAUAAUGAAUUAAAAUAUUUAACAUAUUUUUCAAAUUCACAUCAAGAUAAUUAUAAUUCAGAAUUAUAUAUACCAAAUAAUUCUGGUCCAAUUUCUUCAUUUUUAGCUAAUAAACUUGAUAUUUUAUCUAAUCGUUUAAAUAAAUAUAAAAGAGAUUCAUAA